ACUUUAUUCGUUGCAGUAUCUCACGUGAAAGUCCUUGACAAAGAGACUAUCCAAGAUGGUGAUCCUCUCAGUGAUGUGCAGUACACGCUUGAGCACUUAGAGGUGUUCAAAUAUGCAGAGCAAAUUCCACUAAUGGUAAUGGUCAACCGUACGUUGAACACAAGUCAAGGGCAGUUGUAUCUGGGUCCGGGAGGAGAUCGUUGCCUGCUUUUUGUGUGCGGCAGCUUCUACAACGACUUAUUUCACACGUCAACAUGUGGACAGAUCGUGACUGACGAACCCAGCGACAAUUUCUCUGGUGGCCUCAUGGAAUGGACUGAUAUCUCAGCCACCUUUUUGAGUCGACUGAAAUCAUUUACCUGCUGA